UAAUAUCCUUUCCUUUCCUUAGUCUCCACUCAAAGAACAUAUUCCAGUGUUUCCCUAAUAUUAUUAUUAUUAUUAACAAGUUAUCUUUCACUAAUAAUUCAAUUCCUAAUUCCACGAAAUCCCUUGACAUGUCUUAUGAUCAGCAGCAGCAGCUGCUACCACCACCACCACCGACUCUGUUAUACCCAUAUGGAGAACCCGCCGCCCAAACAAUUACUAGACCUUAUUCGAAUCCCCGUACAACAACAACAACCGGGUCCUUUGGAUCGGUCUUCAUUGUCCUGUCGGUCAUCAUUGUCAUCUCCCUCCUCGCCUGCUUUCUCGGACGCUUCUGCAGCCGACACCCCAAGCCGGCUUCCAACAACCCCAAAAAGGGGAAGAAGAAUGACCAAAAGAGUCUCAAACAGAGCCACUCUGUUCACCCGAAAGACGGGGAUAUCGAAUUCGGACUCGGUAAAGGGGGGCCGCCGGGUCGUCUAGGUCCGGUACCCAAGAUGCCCAUGAGUAAGGCUGAGAGUAAGAAUGGACCACGACCCGCUGGACGUGGGCAUGGGGAUUUUGAAUUUGACUUUGGUAAAAAACCCAAGUUUCAGGGACAACAUAUUAAUGGGGAUCCAAGAGCAGCUCCGGGGGCCAACGCCGGGGUCCCAGGAGCCGGAGAGACGAGAUUUGUUCAGCACUAUGGAGGAGGCGGGCCUUGAAUGAAUGAAUAAAUGAAAGUAGUUGAUGAUGAUUAGUGUGAUGGGGGUUAAUCUUAACCGUAGAUUUGGAUUAAAUUGGUGUGAAGGAAAAACACUUUAUUAUUAAUUAAUUAAUAUAUAAAUUGUUGGAUUUCCUCUCCAAUAUCAUCUUCUUCUUUUUUUUUUCUUUGUUUUGUUUUGAGGAGUAAUUAAUUAUGUAUUAUUUGAUGGAGUUGGGGGCUUUAAAUUUGUGACAGCAGCUAGCCAGCCCAAUAUUGUUUGCUAGCUAGCUAUUUCUCUCCAAAUUUGUGAUUUCGAAUUUCUUUGGUUUUGGAGUUUGGA